CAAUUUGCGCCGGAAAAAAAGUGCAUUCGUUCUGUAGGCGUAAUACAUUAUUAAACCGAUACCGGCACACAAUGUUUAUCGUUACACUUUAUCGGCUUCCCGAGUGACGUUGCAUUCGUCAAAAUCGGACAUAUAUGUCAACAUGUCUUUCUUUGUAGACUCUGUAAUCAUGUUCACUUCCCAGCUGCUGUUUUUCGGAUUUGGUUGGCUGUUUUUUAUGCGGCAGUUAUUUAAAGAUUAUGAGGUGCGACAGUAUGUGGUGCAGGUGGUUUUCUCGGUUACGUUUGCAUUCUCCUGCACAAUGUUUGAACUCAUUAUCUUUGAAAUCCUUGGAGCAUUAAGUAGCACGUCCAGAUAUUUUCACUGGAAGCUGAAUUUGUAUGUUAUACUGCUGGUUCUAAUCUUUGUAGUGCCUUUCUACAUUGGCUACUUUGUGGUCAGCAAUAUACGUUUGUUGCACAGACAGAGGUUGUUAUUUGCGUGUGUUGUUUGGUUCACGUUCAUGUAUUUUUUCUGGAAACUUGGAGACCCUUUUCCCAUAUUAAGUCCAAAACAUGGCAUUCUGUCUAUAGAGCAGCUCAUCAGCCGUGUCGGGGUAAUUGGGGUAACACUGAUGGCUCUGCUGUCCGGAUUUGGUGCUGUGAACUGCCCCUACACAUACAUGUCCUAUUUUCUGAGAAAUGUAACAGACAGUGACAUUCUGGCCCUGGAGAGAAGGCUGCUUCAGACCAUGGACAUGAUUGUCAGUAAAAAGAAAAGAAUUGCCAUGACGAGGAGGCAGAUGUACCAUAGAGGAGAGGACCAAAACAAACAGACUGGGUUCUGGGGGAUGCUCAAGAGUGUCACUUCCUCUCCUUCAGGCAGUGAGAAUCUGUCUCAGAUCCAGCAUGAGGUAGAUGCUCUAGAGGAGCUCAGUAGACAGCUCUUCCUGGAGACAGUAGACCUGCAGGCUACCAAGGAGCGGAUAGAAUACUCAAAGACGUUUCAAGGAAAGUACUUCAACUUUUUGGGCUACUUCUUCUCUAUUUAUUGUGUGUGGAAGAUAUUCAUGGCCACCAUCAACAUAGUCUUUGACCGUGUGGGGAAGACUGACCCAGUGACGAGAGGGAUUGAGAUCACUGUCAACUACUUGGGAAUUCAGUUUGAUGUCAAAUUCUGGUCUCAGCACAUUUCUUUUAUCCUGGUCGGAAUCAUCAUCGUCACCUCCAUCCGAGGCCUUUUAAUCACUCUCACUAAGUUCUUCUAUGCCAUCUCUAGCAGCAAGUCAUCCAAUGUGAUAGUGUUGGUCCUGGCCCAGAUCAUGGGGAUGUAUUUUGUGUCUUCUGUGUUGCUCAUGCGCAUGAGUAUGCCCCUGGAAUACCGCACCAUCGUAACAGAGGUCCUCGGAGAGCUGCAGUUCAAUUUCUACCACCGCUGGUUUGAUGUAAUCUUCCUCGUCAGUGCUCUGUCCAGCAUCCUCUUCCUCUACCUGGCACACAAGCAGGCACCUGAGAAGCACAUGGCCAUGUGACCUACUGAGUGAGCUUAUCCGAGGGAUAAGGACUGAAGUGUUUCGCUGCUUUCCCCUCUGUUUCUUUUUAUAAUACCAGCAGGACUGAAUUUCCUGAAUCAGGAAGAGACUAAAUGCUUAUGGUUUGGUUUGAAGGCAAUGGGUAUUUAGUUGAUUAGUCAAAUUCUAUUGGAGUUAAUGGUCCAUGGUGGUAUUUUAGUAGACGUUUUUCACAAAAAAGACGAAAAAGUGUUUUUUUUUUUGUUUUUUUGUUUUUUUCUGUUGUUGUUUUUUUUGCCUUGUAUUUGUUUAUUGGAUCAGACAUACAGUCAGCAUUGCUAGCAACACAGUCCUGGUGGGUUUUUCACUUUAAUUCAUUGAUAAUUCAGUUUCUGUGCAUCAUAAUAUGACCCAAAAGACAUCAGAUUUGUCCAUGUGAAAAUUUCCAUGCAAUAAAUAAAUAUCUUGGUUUUUUUUUGAGAACAUAACAACAAAAUGCCACAGAGCGAUUAUGCAAUUUUUAUUUAUUUAUGAGAGAAUAUAUGUUAUUACUUCGUGAUAUAUAUUAAGCAGAGUAAAUAGCUCACUGCUGAAUAUCUAGACUUCAAAUAUUAACUCAGGGAAUGUAUUUGUGUGCAAGAAAGCAGAGAUAGACUGGUGCAAAAAGGUUAAAUGGUGCAGAGUGUCUGCCGGUGCAGAGUGUCUGCUAGUACAAACUGCAUUAUGGUGCAAAAAACAUAAGUUUGCAUAUGAAAGGCAUCAGAGAGGGUCUUACAUAAUUAACACACAUGUGACCAUGGCAUGAUUAAAGACAAUCUGUGUCCUGUAUUCAAAUGUAAGACCUGUAUUAUCGGCCUCACGUCACACAUGUAUUCAACUUCAAAAGUAACUGUAGAUUAGUAAUCUCCUGUAGUCUGAGAGGGCCGAGCACAUGACUGCUUUCCUUUUAAAACAUUGUCUUUUUCAGCAGCGCACUUAUUGACUGCUUACAUUAAAAGCUUUUAAUUUCUUUGUGCAUUUCAGUUUGCCGCCAUAUAAAUAAAACCCAGCAGCAGCAGGAAA